AUGGCGCGUCCGAUGGAGAAUCAUACUUCUCCGGCCACCGCGAGUAAUGAAAGCCAAUCAAUUCAAGAAAAAGACAAUUAUGCCAAAGUAAUUCAAACCAAUUCCACUCCAAUUCCUAACAAAAAGUAUGGAAAUUCUAAUGUGAAAGCUCUAUAUGCGAACCACGAUGGGAAGACGGCUGUGAUAUUCGAAACAAGGGAAUUCUAUGGAGUCAUGGAGGAUGAAUGUAAACUUACACUAGUGGGCAAAUUUAUUAAGACUCGACCUCAAAUUGAUAAAAUCUCAGAGAAAAUUACAGUUCAAGGUAAGGUCCAAAUUGGGGUCUUUGAUUAUCGUACUGUUUUCUUAGAUUUUGAUAAUGAGGACGAUUGUAAAACUGUCUGGUAUAAGAGAUUAAUCGAAAUUGAAGGGCACGUGAUGUGGUUGGAGAAAUGGUCACCAGAUUUUAAACUGGAAGAAGACUCUCCGGUCGUCCCAAUUUGGGUUUUGCUACCGGAACUUCCUUUUCAUUGCCAUUCAUGGCAUUACAUCAAACAGAUUGUUGCCCCUCUAGGUACCCCUCUAAUGAUGGAUUUAGCCACUGAGAAUAGAACGAGGCCUAGCAUGGCAAAAGUGAGAGUAGAGAUUAAUCUGACAAAGCCUAAAAUGAACUCUAUUUGGAUAGGAACUGAGGAUAAGUCUUGUCCAAGAAAGGGGUUCACCCAAAAAUCGGAAUAUGAAAACCCUCCUAAAUUUUGCACUAACUGUAAGAUCCUGGGGCAUUCUAUCCUACAAUGUAGGAGGGUGGAUCAAAAGAAAAAUGAAGAGAAAGAGGUCACUGGGAAUUCACAGUCAGAUAAAACUGAAACAAAUGAAAAGGGAACAAAGUAG